CCGCGACUGAGCUCCUUUAAACUGUUGCUCAACUGAUUGUUAGGAUCCUAAUGACCUUUGCUUUCCUUCCUGUGCAUUGCGAGAACUUUGCAGUCAAUCACAAAUAAGACAUGAUUUGGGGCUCAAUAUGUUGUCGCCAUGUUAUAAUAGAAUUGGUUCAUGCUUUUAGCUGUGCGUAUAUCGAGUGAUGGAUGCACUGUAGAAGUUUAGAGCGCACUCAAUAAACUAGCACUCAAGAACUCUUACGCUUCUUUCGUGCUCUCCAAACUUCCCGCGUGCAUCCGUUACUCGAUAUACGCACCCUAAGCAUGAACCAAUUCUUCAAUGUACCCUCAUUUCAUUGUUCAGAACAGGAGCUAACUUGCAUUUUAGUGAUAUGGUUUAUCCCCCGAGGGGAGUAGGCUACACCCUUAUAUGGGCUAUAUAGGUAUGUGCUCCCCGAAGGGUAUUGUUUUUGAGCGGUUGUUAUAGAGUUUUACCAUUUUGGUCUGAAAUAGGGUAUGUUUUUUCACUCUGUUUUUUGGUAAUGGGUCUUUUGUUCAAAAGGAACUAUUUUUUUCCGCAUCAGCAUUGGCAAAUUUGUAGCCCUUCUCAAACGUUUACGUAAAUAAAAACCAUUUAGGGCUACCUGCGGUAAUAUUUAGUGCCGUGUACUAAUUUUACACCCACUUCUGUUUUUAUUAUUAUUAUUACUAUUAUUUUUUCAUUUUUUUUUUUUUUUGCUUGCUUCAAUUUUCGCUUCUGAUCGACCACCAAUCGAAGUGCCUGUAAAAAAUGUGGGUUUUUUUUCUUUCUCAAUUUUAAAAGCUGGGUAGCACAGGUUUAAACCAAAUCGCUUUUUUUUUCCUGAGAAAACGAGAACCCCAACUUGUGAUCGUCGCUUGACGAUAUCUUGUAAAUCCCGAUAAGCUGGGAGGUAUUGAAUUGUGCUGCAGCGAGCUUAUCGUUUUGUUGUUGUUGUUGUGUACACGUUCUCUGCGAAGGCAUUUUAAAAGACAAGUCCUCCACAGGAAUGGGCAAUUUCUCCACACAGCCAAAAUCUCGAAACUCCAGUGUAAAACUUUCUGCUCCCGUUCAUUCGACCUCUUCUACCCAAACAGUAGCUUACGUCUAACUUUUAGCCUCUGUAGGUCUAGUAAACGCUACAGAUAUCGACGUCACGGUUCGAAUGCACGGGUUUUAAUUAUGAUGCGCGUAAGCGCGAGAGAAAAUAAACGUGAUCGUGGGUGUGAUUCAACUGAAAAAAUAGACGAGAAAAAAUACCUAAGUACAAAAAUAAAACGACAAAAAACUGACAACGGAGCAAAAAUAAACUUACAAAACUGUGGCGACUGUCCAACAAGAUAAAUUCUGGAAUAAUACUUCAAAGCUCACAACAGUGAGAUGCAGCCAAGAAAAACGCGGUGGAAACUAGAAAAACUUAUCUGCCAGCCGCUAACAAGCACUGCGGAAAAUGAAUACAAUACUAUGCAUAAUGAUGAUGGCUUAAGUACUAAGGAAUAGGUCACAUAAUCCCCAGGGAUCACGGAGAAACGUGAAACCCAAGCGCAAAGAAAAUUCUAGUCGCUACAGCUUCCCUAAAUCCUGCAACCACAUUUGCUGUGAUUUUACUGACAUACAAUCUAAAUAUCUUUGACAGAUGUUCUUUAAGAGAUUGCUUGACAAUUUGAUUCGCAAGAAACCUCAAGAGGAAUGGAUACCAGAUAUUUCCCUUAAAAGAUGUUUGUCAGCUAUAGACCUCAUCUCCCUCGGGGUAGGAACAACCGUUGGUACUGGUUUGUACGUCAUCAUUGGUAAUCUAGCGCGUAACGCUUCGGGUCCAUCAGUCGUUCUCUCACUCCUCCUAGCGUCCAACGCCGCGUUCUUGUGCGGGCUUUCAUUCGCCGAGUACGGAAGCCGUUUUCCCGAUGGUGGAUCUUCAUACAUGUAUACCUACGCCACGCUGGGUGAAAUUUCAGCUUUUGUUGUUGGUUGGAAUAUUGCUUUAGAGUUCUUACUCGCCGGUGCAAGUCUGGCCCGAACGUGCAGUGAACUUAUAAAUUACGCAUCUAAUGGAACAUUGUACGCCUUCUUUUCAAAAUACCUUUCAAAGGACUGGAGCAUUCCUGGAAAAGUACACUUCCCUGAUCUUCUCGCCGCCGCGUUUGUACUUGCAGUAAUGACAAUUCUGUGUUUAGGAGUUCGCAGCUCGGCGAAUUUCCACAAUGCAGUAACAGUAGUAAACUUGGCAGUUAUAGUCUUCAUGAUUUUUGUCGGGUUUUUCUUCGCACACUUUGAUUAUUGGGAAUUUAAUUUUGCUUCUUAUGGAUUCUCCGGUGUAUUACCAGGUGCAGCGCAAGCUUUCUUCGCUUUUUCUGGAUUUGAUGUCGUCGCUGAAGCCGCUGAGGAAGUAAUACAUCCCGAAAAGAAUAUCCCCAAGUCGUUUUUGAUCACUAUAAUAGUGAGUACCUUGUGCUAUAUGGGUGUGGCCAUAAUACUAACUCUUAUGGUACCCUCUCAUAGCCUGGAUAAGUACGCACCAUUAGUGAAAGCAUUCGGACAAGCAGCAUUUCCUGGUGCUCAAUACAUCAUAUUAAUUGGUGGCAUCUGUGCCACUAUUAGUGCGUUAUUCUGUUCUGUUUAUUCCACUUCGAGAGUUGUUUACUCUAUGUCUGUUGACGGGCUUCUCUUUAAGUGGUUUUCCAAAGUGCAUACCAAAACGCAAGUACCUCACAGGGCGACAGUGGCUUCUGGGAUUGUCACGGCUUUGUUAGCACUUCUAUUUGACGUCAACGAACUGGUGGAACUUCAAGCCAUUGGAACGUUGUUGGCUUACACAAAGGUUACCAUUUCUGUUCUUGUGAGUCGCUUCCAGCCUGGAGUACAAAGCGUUCCUGGAAAUGAAAGCAGGAGAGCAAACAUCACUAAUUUUCUGCAGAAAAUGCUCUCCAACCUUAACGACAAACCAAACGAUAAGUCACGUAUCACAUACCAAUUAGUGGAAGACGAGGAUUCCUCCAAGCAACCUGUACCAAAAGUUACUGAAAAAACAGCAAGUCGUGCAGAACUAGGCGUGUUCUUCCUGGUAAUUUCCCUUGCUGCACUGGCUAUAGCCUCAAUCCUUUUAUUAGAAGAUCUCUACAAAGGAAAUUGGUGGGCGAUUUUCCUGAUUACUUUGUUCUCCGGAGCAACUGCUGUGUCACUUUUUGUCAUCCAUCUUCAGCCCAGAAACUCUGCCACGUUUCCAUUCAUGGUCCCUGGUGUUCCCUACAUCCCGGCAUUAACCAUUUUCAUUAAUGCAGUGUUGAUGGUGAAUCUCAAAAGAAAGACUUAUCUGCGCUUUGGUGUGUGGAUGAUAUUAGGUUUUGUUAUCUACUUAUGCUAUGGAUAUAAACACAGUACAGAAGCAGUUAAACCAGACAAUCAAAAAGACGAAGAUACAGCAGUGUUGCAGGAGACUCCAGAGAUCGAACACAAAAUUACUCAUCCUCAACUUAAGUUAAGUUAGUGGGGUAUGAAGAAUUGAUAAAUUCGCUGGUUUUUGGUUUUCGUGUUGGAGAUGAAUUCAAAAAUUUAGAGUCACUGAAAGUUGAGUUAUUCAAAGAUUUCGAAUGAUGGGGGAUAACCCCGGAGCCCCGGGGGAAUAACACGACGUUUUGUGUUCACCCAUUUACAUGCCACGUUCGAGAUAUCGAUAUUCUAACAAGGUUCCGAGCCUUUUGGGUCAAAAUUGUAAAUUUUUUUCAGUUUCUUUUGUCUCUCAAUUGCCAAAAGAGACUUAGAUACAGAAAACACCACCAAAUAUAGAAGUUUCUCCGAAAAGCUUCGGAGCCAUGUUAGAAUAUUGAUAUAUCGAGCGUGGCCUAUUUAUCAAUGUGCGUUUUAAUACGGGGAACGAUUAUGGAGAGACUGAUCAGCCGGUUAAACAGAAGUAUACACCAGCAUGCGCAAAGCGAAUUAUAACAGGCGGAAGGGAAUAGCGAUGCAAAACAAAGCAAACCAGCUAAAGAAUAGUUUGGAGAGACUACAGUUCGUGAAAUAAGUCAAGUAUAACGUAAACAGCUCGAAUUCAGUUUACUUUGAGACAUUACCAAGGAUAAGUCACGUGAGCGAACUUUGUGAUAGACUGCGAACAGCUAGGUUUCCGGCAAGGUCGUAAAAAAGAAUUCUGCGAACAAAGCGAGCGGGAUGGGCAGGGAAGCCUGAAGACAUUCUGUUGAUGCCUCCGUUCCAUGAAAACAGAAUCUGGUAUGAUAAUGUGAUUGGUUAAAUCGCUGAUUGUUGACGGCUUUGAGAUAAAUAUUUGACAGAUCUUACGGCAUGUAAAUUUGCAUAAUUUUUGACAAAACCAAGAAAGAUGGCGUCCCAUACCGCCCGUCCCGUCCCAAAUUAUAGCGCCCGUCCCGCUGGCUUCUUUCGCCAUAUUUUUUUUAACUUUGUGAGUGGUGAUGAUUUCGAAAAGGGAAGGAAGGAAGAAGACUGGAUGGCACAACACCCUAGAAAUUUUCAGUUACAACUGUCACAUUUCAUUGUAUUUGCAAACCAAACGCACAAGAUGCUUUUAUGUCAAUAUCCACUUCUUGGAAGUCCAUAAAGGACGACAGCUUGAACUUGAGCCAAUGCAAUGAGCGCGGCGGACGCAUAGGGGGAAAUACAAAAAGUCGAUGAUUUCUACCGUUGUAGAGGCAAUGACAUCACGUUCAAACUAACAUAAGAGUUCAAAUGGUCAGGAACGAUUUGUUCAGUUCGAUCUUUUCUGUUGAUUUCCAACGAAUAAAUAAUGACUUUCCCAUUAAAAGGUGCGGCUAUUUGUAUAGUUAAGAUAACUUAGACACCAAUUAGUCGUAUCAUUAACUGCCAGUCAACCUAGAUAAGAAAAUAUUAACUGAAAUACGAAAGUAUUAACUGAAACAAUGCUUCAAUACCAUAUACUCAAGUGUUAGAUGGAGGUGAAGUGUGAAUAAACUGCAAUCUCGCAGGCAGUAUUACUAGUCUUUUACCGGCUGGAGCUAGUAUUCACGCAUUCUAACAGCUCUGGAAAUAUCCACUUAUCAUUCAAGGAGCAGUUGACUCUUCACACACACUCUCUGUCCCUAUCGAAAAAAGUUCUGCUCCGUUUAAACUUCCCUAAACGAUCCGUAUUGAGUUGCAAACAUUACUAUUCUUAACUGACAAGUAUAUAUCAUGUAUAAAACAUCUGCAAAGGUAACAGAAGGUGACGAUAGUUUUCAAACAUAAAACCACCCAUGAUGAUCUCGCGUGCGAUAUAAACAUUAUUGAGCGAACUCGAUUUCAGUAUUUUUUUAACUCCGAAGCCUACAUUAAACAAUGCAGAUGAACAUGUUUCUAGGAAGGAGUGACUUUCCUAAAGAUAAUAACAUGACUCGUGUGCAAUUUGGAACAAAUCAUGAAGACGAGUAAAACAGACGAUUUCGAGGCCUUUGCUUUAGUCAUUUUACAUCAAUUGUUUGCUGGUCUUCCAAAUAUCUUCGAAAAUUUCCGAAGGUAUUCGCAAACCUCCCGAUAUAUAUAAUUUAUACUUUUUAGAUUUUGUAAUUGUAAAUUCUAUGCCUGUAAUUCUUUAUUGACUUUUUUUGAUGCUUUUUAUACUGGUC